UAAAAGUAGUGCGUCUUCAUCAGGUCGGAAUUUAUUCGUGUCGCUAUCGCUUUUCAGUGUCAUGAUCCCUUAAAAAGAAAUGCAUAAUUCCAAGGGCCAAUAUGGUAGGCUAUAUAGUCGAUAUAAACGUAACCACCGAAUAAUGCACCUGAUGUGGUCGUGUGACUGUGUUGUUUUCUUCAAAUAGCGGUCACGUAUUUUACAUUUAAAUAAACUGCAUGGCUGGCUGAGAAUAAAAAUGAAUGAUGCCACUGUUCCUGAACGAUGUGGACAGCCUCCCAUAUUUGUGGCACUGUGACUCUUGUAUGCUGCGCAUGCGCAUAAUAUAGUGAGCUGUUCGGAAGUGCUACCUAGAACGUUGUCACAGUCUUGCAGUCUUAAAACAAUAUUCAUUUGUAACAAGUUGAGCGAGUUUAUUCAAAAAAGAGAAGCUUGACGCAAGUGAGACCCAGAUUCCACACAAAGAAGAAACACUCUUAAUGAGUGAUUGAACUGGGAUUUGUAACAAGGGGGAAGCAGACCAGGGUGCAGUGAUGAGCUUCUUUAGUUUUGGUCAAAGUGCAGAAAUUGAUAUAGUCCUGAAUGACGCUGAAACGAGGAAGAAAGUCGAACACAAGACAGAAGAUGGGAAGAAAGACAAAUAUUUUCUGUUCUACGAUGGUGAGACGGUUUGUGGGAAAGUAAACGUAACCCUGAAGAACCCAGGCAAAAGACUCGAGCACCAGGGCAUCAAAAUCGAAUUUAUUGGACAGAUCGAGCUUUACUAUGACAGAGGGAACCACCACGAGUUUGUGUCUCUGGUGAAGGACUUGGCACGGCCUGGUGAGCUCACGCAGUCCCAGACCUUUGACUUUGAGUUCACUCAUGUGGAGAAACCGUACGAGUCUUACACUGGACAGAAUGUGAAGCUGAGAUACUUUCUGCGAGCAACUAUCAGCCGGAGACUGAAUGACGUCAGCAAGGAGAUGGACAUUGUUGUGCACACGCUCAGCACUUACCCUGAACUCAACUCCUCCAUCAAGAUGGAAGUGGGAAUUGAAGACUGCUUGCACAUUGAGUUUGAAUACAACAAGUCCAAGUACCACUUAAAAGACGUAAUUGUGGGGAAGAUAUAUUUUCUGUUGGUGCGGAUUAAGGUCAAACACAUGGAGAUUGACAUCAUCAAACGGGAAACCACGGGUACAGGUCCCAACGUGUAUCACGAAAACGACACCAUCGCAAAGUAUGAGAUCAUGGACGGGGCACCAGUGCGAGGGGAGUCCAUUCCCAUCCGUCUGUUCCUGGCUGGGUAUGAGAUGACCCCCACCAUGCGCGACAUCAAUAAAAAGUUCUCGGUGCGCUACUACCUCAACCUGGUGCUCAUCGACGAGGAGGAGAGGCGCUACUUCAAACAGCAGGAGAUCACACUCUGGCGGAAAGGGGACAUCGUGAGGAAGAGCAUGUCCCACCAAGCAGUAAUUGCAUCGCAGCGCUUCGAGGGCUCGUCCAGUGCCGAAAAAGCACAAGCCCAGGCCAAGGAGGACAGCAACUGAGUCCUGUCAGAACCAUCCGAGCCAGCCUCUGCAGGAAAGAGACUCUAAGCUACGUAUGUGUUAAGGGUGGUGGGGGGUUGGUGGUGUGGGCAAGGAUUGGUGUGAAUGUGUGUAAGAGGAGCAGUGGGGGCACAGUGCUCCACCCUCCCCGCAAAAAGCCCUUCCAGCCCCAAAACACACUGUCAAACACCGGAAAGGGAAACCUCUCUUUUAAUCACAGCUAUUAAAUAAAGGGAUCAGGGAGCUAGAGACAAUGCUGUGGGAUUCAAUGUGAUAUAAUGCAUUUUAAUGGAAAGAGAGAAACCACAGUUCUAUCAUGUGCUUUUCAUACAAAUCUGCACCCAGUGGGUCAUUUGUACUUAGCCAUCUUGCAAAAUGGUAAUAUACAUCAAUAUAUGGAUUUGGAGUUUUUAAAAAUGAAUACUCAUGUUGUAAAAUAUAUACAUUAUUGCCACAUAUUAAGUUUGUGAAUAUUGAAUAUAUUCUCAUUUUUAAUUCCUGAAUAUAAAAAAAAAUCUAAACAGUGGCAAUAAUUAAUAUAUUUUGCUAUAAAUUAAAUGUUUUGAAGUAGAAAUAUGUCUUUCAGUCCUCUUUUUUGUCAUAUAUUGAUGUAUAUUGCCUUUCCUAAGGGGUCUUCCUCAUUACCUGCUUGGUUGCAUUUACUGAAAUCAAUGCAGGCAUUACUAAUCCCGCUGGUUAAUGUAGCCUUUGUGUGUAUCACCAUUUCACACACAUGCUGUCCCAUGUUCACUUAAGAAUUUAUGCCAGAACAUGAGAGAAACAACAGCGAACACAUUUGUUUUAAAUUUAUGUUUCAAAAAAAUGUUUUGUAAACAUUUUUAUACUUUGUAUUACACAAGCUGAAAAUAGUGUACACAUGCAAGCAACCAACAGUUUGAAAGUGCUCACAUGGUGAGGUCAUUGUUCAGUAUUUAGACAUUAAACAUUCCGUGACUACAAAAUGUCACGCCCUUAGCAUUCCUGCCUCCCUACACUAACCGCUCAUUUGUUCCUAAAACAGUGACUCCUUUCCAUGUGGAAUAUGUUGUUCUUUUUGUUUGUUUGUUUUUCAUUACAAAGUUUGGGCCCAAAAUAACACAUUUUCCAAGGAUAUUACAGUAUGGCAGAAACCUGUAUUUUAGGGAUGCAGAUCAGAUGUAAUUUUGUCAGAAGAAAAUGGAUGCGUUCAGCCUUGGUUGUUAUUGAAUGUAAAUAUCUAAUUACCUUACAAAUAAAUUUAGAAAGUCACCAUAAGAGGACCCAAUAUGGGAUGGGACAAGCUAAAAAUGAUUUGGAAUCCCUUGCAGGAAACAUGGAAGAUGAGAGCUCUGAUUGUAUUGCACUGGGUGGCAUUUCCUCCACAGUUCAACUGCUUUGUUGCCAGUUCUACAACAUCAGAGAAAAAUGCCACUGAAGUUAUUUUUAUUUGAAAUGGAAGGAAAGUGUAAUGAAGACAAAAUCAUUUAAGAUGAAAUCAUUUAAUUUGUUUUUCAUUAGUGUAGUUUUUGUUUUGUUUUAUAAAAGACUAACUAUAACAGUAACAGGUAGACAAAAUCUCAUCAGUUUUAAAAAUGUAAGCAGUGUUUCAACUGGAAUGCAUCUAUAAAUGAAAGAAAACAGCAGAAAUACUCAGAUCACUUAACUAGUCUCUUCUGCCACUUAGCAGGUCUUACAACAGUUUUGUCCUUUACAUCCUGCAUCCAGUCUAGUAUUGUGAACAAGGAAAACUCAAGUCAUGUAAUUUUUCUUUAUCUCCUCUAAACCUCUCUAAUUUUGUAAGGUUUUUCCUCCUUCCAUUGGCCACCAAAUUUACUAGCAUUUUAUUGAAUACUUUCUCUCAAAACCAUCGUGACAUUGUACUUAACUGUGAGCAUCUGCCAAAAACACAUUUUUAGACAAGACUGUCUGUCUUAUUUUUAUCUUAUCAACACACCGUCCGAACCUGAAUGGGAUGUUGUGCGCAAUGAUCUCGUAAAGGUUCUAGGGACAGUAAGGAUACUAUUGAGGCUGAUGUCACCUUAAGCUUUGUCACUAUCAGUGAUGGUAGAGAAGCAGAUAUCACAAUGUUGGGUGUCUUUGUGCAAGAUGCUGUAAUCAUGGGCAUAGCAGCUUCUGCCCUUCAGCAAUUCCUUGGUCUGUGCUAAUACCGUAAAUGAACAAAUGUGUCCAAUCUUGUUUUUGUUUUCAUUCAUCCGUUUGUGUGAAUUAAGAUCCAGAAAAGCUGAUAUUCAAUCAAAAACGCAAUGCAUUUUGUCUUUAACUUUUGACUUACAAAACAGUCGGGCGAUUCCACAAUAUUAUUUUAAGUUUGGUGCUUGAUGAGUGUAAUGAAGAACAUUUAGUAAGUAACAGGGAAAGAAUGUAACAUAAUUUUGAGUCACUGUUUAUUAAUUCUCCAUGGUUGAGUACAAAGUGCAUUACUAUUUGUUUAGUCCCCAGGCCUUUAAGCUUUGACAGUAUGACCUUUUAUUUAUUUUUUAUUUUUUACAUCCAAAAACCCCUCACCUGCUCUUGAAAUCUCUGAUAUUUAGGGCUUUGUGCAUUGAGUGGAAGUGGUUUGAUCCCAGUAUAAUUCAGAAAUGCCUUAGUUUGUGGGGUGAUGUAAUGUACUAGACCUCUCUUCUCUACUCCUGAACUUGAACGGGACGCACGGAGGUGUGAACAGCAGCUAACCAGCUCGCCUGUCGAAUAGAACAGCCAUGACCUCAGCUUAUAAACUGCUGUUGGUCCCUGGGCUGGAAAUACUGGAAAUAUAAUGUGAUUCAAAGUACUCAUAUGUACAUUUUUCAGUGCAUCACUUACUAUCUGAAAAGCUAAAUUUUAUAUUUUUUAUUUCUUUGCUUGGCCAUAUGAUUUAUUUCCGACUCCUAACACAAUACGUGUAUCAUUGUGCUAAAAUGAAAUACUGCUUUAUCAUGGCAUUAGAGACAUACCUUUUGCAAUUAUAUUCCCAUAUUGUAUACUAUAUAUUUACAGAUUGUAGGUAUAUAUUAUUGAAAAAAGUUUAAUUAAGCUUUAAGGUACUAGCAAGUUCAUGAAAGGGAAUUUCAGCACACGAGAGUAUAUUAAAAUGACUAUAGAUGUUAAUACAGGAUAUAAGUACACUGUUUACUUGUUCCUUAAAUAGUUGUAUUUUAUGUUUCUGUAUUUUAAAAUUGUUUUUAAUCCUAUUUCUCUGAUUAAAAAGAGUGCUAUCUACAAGA